GGAGAGCGAAGCCCCGUCGGAGGCUCCCGGAGCCCGGCUGAACCCCGGGAGCGAAGCCCCGUCGGAGGCUCCCGGAGCCUGGUUGAACCCCGAGAGCGAAGCCCCGUCGGAGGCUCCCGGAGCCCGGCUGAACCGGAGAGCGAAGCCCCGUCGGAGGCUCCCGGAGCCCGGCUGAACCGGAGAGCGAAGCCCCGUCGGAGGCUCCCGGAGCCCGGCUGAACCGGAGAGCGAAGCCCCGUCGGAGGCUCCCGGAGCCCGGCUGAACCGGAGAGCGAAGCCCCGUCGGAGGCUCCCGGAGCCCGGCUGACCCCCGGGAGCGAAGCCCCGUCGGAGGCUCCCGGAGCCCGGCUGACCCCCGGGAGCGAAGCCCCGUCGGAGGCUCCCGGAGCCCGGCUGACCCCCGGGAGCGAAGCCCCGUCGGAGGCUCCCGGAGCCCGGCUGACCCCCGGGAGCGAAGCCCCGUCGGGGGCAACCGGUUGCAGCGCGGACGAAGCCCCGUCGGAAGCUCCCGGAGCCCCGUCGGGGACCACCCCCCCCCCAGCCCUCGGUGAGCGGCGGUGCCCGGGGGAUCGCCCCCCGGUCCCUCCAUGGACUGAGAUGGCCUCGGAGCUGGCCAUGAGCGCGGAGCUGCCCACCAGCCCCCUCGCCAUCGAGUACGUGAACGAUUUCGACCUGAUGAAGUUCGAGGUGAAGAAGGAACCGGCGGAAGCGGAGAGGCUGUGCCACCGGUUGCCCGCCGGUUCCCUCUCCUCCACCCCGCUCAGCACGCCCUGCUCCUCCGUGCCUUCCUCGCCCAGUUUCUGCGCCCCGAGUCCCGGUGGGCAACCGGCCCCCGGCCCCCCAACUACCACCGCCGCCUCGCUGGGCUCCAAACCGCAGCUGGAGGAGCUGUACUGGAUGUCGGGUUACCAGCAUCACCUCAAUCCCGAAGCUCUCAACCUGACGCCGGAGGACGCGGUGGAAGCGUUGAUCGGUGCCCCUCACCAUCAUCACCAUCACCAUCAAGGUUACGAGCCUUUCCGACCUCAACCUUUCGGUGGUGAGGAGCUCCCGCCGGCCGCCCAUCACCAUCCCGGCCAUCACCAUCAUCACCAUCACCACCUGCGCUUGGAGGACCGCUUCUCCGACGAUCAGUUGGUGAGUAUGUCGGUACGGGAGCUGAACCGGCAGCUGAGGGGCUUCAGCAAGGAGGAGGUGAUCCGCCUCAAGCAGAAGAGGAGGACCUUGAAGAACCGGGGCUACGCUCAAUCCUGCCGUUACAAGCGGGUCCAGCAACGGCACAUCUUGGAGAACGAGAAAUGUCAACUCCAGAGCCAGGUGGAGCAGCUCAAGCAGGAGGUGACCCGCUUGGCCAAGGAAAGGGAUCUGUACAAAGAAAAAUACGAAAAGUUAGCCGGCCGGGGUUUCCCAAGGGAGCCCUCCCCAUCCGCCGCCCCCAAACCCGCCGCCGACUUCUUCAUGGGUCUCCACGGAUCAUCCGGGGGGGGCCCCGGCAGCGCUGCGCCCUGCCCGGCCCCGCCGCCCGCAACCCCUCCCGGCCGGCAAACCUGAGCCACAUUUAACUUAUUCACCCUUGUAAAUAUGUAGAAAUUAGUUAGUUUUCUGCCUUUUUUUUUUUUUUUUUUUCCCUUGAGCCUAUAUUUUGCUUGGUGAUUUACGAAAAAAAAAAAAAAAAGACAAAAAAACAACAAAAAAACAACCAAAAUCCUUUAGAAAAGAAAAAAAAAUACACGAGUCUUAAAAGUUUGUAUGUAAUAGCAUGCAAAUAAUAUCCGAGUUAAUUUAACGAUGUUGGGAAGAAGCCGAAUGCACUAUAUACAGGAAUCAAUUGGGUUAAAUAAUACUGUUUUAUAGAGAUUUAAAAUUAUCUAUGCUCUUAAAAAUAGUGGGGGGGAGAGGUAACAAUUCUAGGGUGACCUGAAAGGCAAUAUAGUAAUAUAUGGACUGCAAACGGUUGGCUGCUAUCUCACUAUGCACCAGAUUUAUUUAUUAACCCUCGGGAAACGGAAUAUUAUUUUAACCUCGAUGUCGAAAGAAGGAAAGAAAAUGCACAUUAUUUCUUGCGCAAAAAAAAAAAAAAAAAGUAAAAAAAAUAAUAAGAAAUCGUGCAAUUGUGCUUGGAGCAAAAGUGGGGCUGAUCCUGCGUGGAGGAGCGGGUUUGUUUUGUUUUGUUUUGUUUUUUUAACAAGUUGCUUAUUUAAAAAAGAAAAACCAUAAAAAGAAAAAAAAAAUCAUGGGGGAAACACAAGGGUCUUGCGGAUAAAGCGAGCUCGGGAGCCUGGUGCAUUUUAGGUACUGAUCGUGCGAAGCGUUUUUAACGACCUGUUGUUUCGAUUUGUGACGGUUUUAACGAUGUUGCAUCAAGAUAAAAACUUAUAUUCAACUAGA